UAGGUGUUGAAUUCAGUAUCUUGUGUAUUUCAGAUGAUAAAAAGGAUAUUGACCAUGAAACAGUGGUGGAAGAACAGAUCAUUGGAGAGAAUUCUCCUCCAGAUUACUCAGAGUACAUGACAGGGAAGAAACUUCCUCCUGGUGGAAUUCCUGGCAUUGACCUCUCAGACCCCAAACAACUGGCUGAAUUUGCUAGAAUGAAACCAAGGAAAAUUAAAGAAGACGAUGCUCCACGAACGAUAGCUUGUCCUCACAAAGGCUGCACAAAGAUGUUCAGGGACAACUCUGCCAUGAGGAAGCACCUGCACACUCACGGCCCGCGAGUACACGUCUGUGCAGAAUGCGGCAAGGCCUUUGUGGAGAGCUCGAAACUAAAGCGGCAUCAGCUAGUCCAUACUGGAGAGAAGCCCUUUCAGUGUACGUUUGAAGGAUGUGGAAAGCGUUUUUCACUGGACUUCAAUUUACGCACGCACGUGCGAAUUCACACCGGCGACAGGCCCUACGUGUGCCCUUUCGACGGCUGCAAUAAGAAGUUUGCGCAAUCAACCAACCUGAAAUCUCACAUCUUAACACACGCGAAGGCCAAAAACAACCAGUGAAAGCUGGAGGAGAAAGUUCUCGAACUCAGCAGCCUCGUCCAGGAGUAUGAAUUGGAAAGAAAUACGCCUCCCCUUUGUAUAUUGUUUCUAGGAAAGAAUUUUAAAAGAAAAAAAAAUGGACCCUACAAACCUAAAGGACGUGUUUUGAUAAGUAGUAAAUAAAAAGCAAAAAAAAACAACCAACAAACCAACCGCAAAACCAACUUGAAGGUGACGUUGCUAAGAUGCUCUACCUUGCUCUGUAAUCCCGUUUCAAGAACACGGUGUUUUGUAAAGCGCCGCCCCGAGCAGAGAGGGGUCGGUUCACGAACUUGCGUCAAUAAAAAAAGAAAAAAAAAGACAAUUCUUUCUACAACAGUGCUAAAAUUGGACUUCUUUUCACAUUCUUAUAAAUAUUGAAGCUCACCUGUUGCUUACGAUUUUUUUAAUUUUGUAUUCCAAGUGUGCAUAUUGUACACUUUUUGGGGAUAUGCGUAGUAAUGCUAUGUGUGAUUUUUCUGGAGGUUGAUAACUUGCUUGCGGUAGAUUUUCUUUAAAAGAAUGGGCAGUUACAUGCAUACUUCAAAAGUAUUUUCCUGUAAAGAAAAAAAAAAAGUUAUAUAGGUUUUGUUUGCUAUCUUAAUUUUGGUUGUAUUCUUUGAUGUUAACACAUUUUGUAUAAUUGUAUCGUAUAGCUGUAAUGAAAUCAUGUAGUAUCAGAUAUUAGAUGUGAUUUAAUAGUGUUAAUCGAUUUAAACCCAUUUUAGUCACUUUUUUUGGAGAAAUACUGCCAGAUGCUGAUGUUCAGUGUAAUUUCUUUGCCUGUUCAGUUCCGGAAAGUGGUGCUCAGUUGUAGAAUGUAUUGUACAGGCACUGACCUUUUAUUAACACCCGGUAAUAUGUACAUCCCGUGUAAUAGAAAGGGCAACAAUAAAACAGUGGUCCUGAAGAAAGAAUACGGCAGAAAAUGAUCUGUAAGCACGCUCUUCUUUUCUUUUGUUGGCCAGAGCAGUCCUAGUCCCUCUUGACCUCCCAGAAAUUGGAAGCUAAAUAAACUCCUCAAAGUUUCCUUUAACGUUGCAUUCAA